AUGAGCAAAGAUUGUUAUUAUUGGCAGCCAGUGAAAGAGGAGUUCACAUUUCCUGCAAACUCUGUUCCCUUCAAUAACUGUCAUGCCUCUACGAUUGUUGAGGUUGAUAAAGAUCACUUUUUGGUUGCUUAUUUUGGAGGUACAAAAGAGGGAGCACCUGAUGUGAAAAUUUGGAUACAGACAUACAAAGAUGGUUAUUGGCAAUCACCCAUCAUUGCUGAUCAACAGCCUGAUAUUCCUAUGUGGAACCCUGUACUAUUCAAACUGUCAUCAGACGAGUUAUUACUGUUCUAUAAAGUGGGUCAAGAGGUCCAAAAACUGGCCCUCAAUGGUUCAGGGGUUAAAACAACUGGGUAUAUCGACUCUGCUGUUGGUGUUAAAUGUGGAUGCAUGAAGCGGUCAUAUGACAAAGGUGUUACUUGGACGGAGAGAGAACAACUUCCUCCUGGCAUAUUAGGACCGUCAAAGAAUAAGCCAAUCUUAUUGGAAAAUGGGCUCUUGCUUUGUGGAUCAUCUGUAGAAAGUUGGAAUUCUUGGGGUGCCUGGAUGGAGGUUGUAACAAUGCAAUUGCUUGAGCACUUGGAACUUAAUGAUGUAACUGCAGAUGCAGGUAGAUCAUGGAGAAAAUAUGGCCCUAUUUAUGUUAAAAAUACAUCUCUUAGUGUGAUUCAGCCAGUACCAUUCCAGACUGCGGACGGGACAUUUCGUGUUUUAUUGCGUUCUGUUGAAGGCAUUGGAAGAGUUUGUAUGUCAGAAUCCUAUGAUGGUGGUGUGACCUGGGGUUAUGCAAAACCCACUGCACUCCCCAACCCAAACUCAGGAAUUGAUGGAGUCAAACUAAAAGAUGGCCCUGUCUUACUUGCUUACAAUACUAUCUCAAGGGGCGUGCUUAAAGUUGCUGUGUCCAAAGAUGAUGGUGACUCAUGGCUUGAUGUUAUUACUCUAGAGGAAAAUCUGGAGAUGGAAUUCUCAUAUCCAGCAGUUAUCCAGGCUAGUGAUGGAUCUAUUCAUAUCACCUACACGUACAAUAGGACACAGAUUAAGAAGAUGUUUCUUUCACUUCAGAAUAUUUUAGAAGUAGAAUCAAUGUAUCCAGACUUGAAAGGUCUCUUUGUAAUUCAGCGUUGCAAGUAUGGGUGA